CGUGGCCCCGCCGAGAUGGCCCGGCCCGGGGACCCGCGGCGCCUCGGCCGGCUGGUGCAGGAGGGCCGGCUGCGCGCUCUGCAGGAGGAGCUGCGGGCGGCCGGGGGCGGCCGGGGCCCGGCCGGGGACACCCUGCUCCACUGUGCCGCCCGCCACGGACGCCUGGACGUCCUCGCCCAUCUAGCCGAGGCCUGCGGCCUGGACAUCGAGGCCGCCAACCGGGACUACAAGCGGCCUCUGCACGAGGCGGCCUCGAUGGGCCACCGGGACUGCGUGCGCUACCUGUUGGAACGAGGGGCGGCGGUGGACCCCCUGAAGAAGGGCGACUGGACUCCUCUGAUGAUGGCUUGCACAAGGAAGAAUCUUGAGGUGAUCCGGGUUCUUAUGGAACAUGGUGCCAAUCCACUCCUGAAGAACAAAGAUGGCUGGAACAGUUUCCACAUUGCCAGUCGAGAAGGCGACCCUCUGAUCCUCCAGUACUUGCUUGCUGCGUGUCCAGAUGCCUGGAAGACAGAGAGCAAAAUUAGAAGAACUCCUCUGCACACCGCAGCAAUGCAUGGCUGUUUAGAAGCAGUAAAGGUGCUUCUUAAGAGGUGCCAGUAUGAACCAGACUGCAGAGACAACUGUGGCAUCACCCCAUUUAUGGAUGCAGUUCAGUGUGGUCACGUGGACAUAGCCAGGUUGCUCCUUGAAAAACACCAGGCUUGCUCUUCAGCGGAGGAUAGCCUGGGAGCGCAGGCUCUGCACAGGGCAGCUGUCACCGGACAGGAUGAAGCCAUCCGCUUCCUGGUGUCUGAUCUUGGCAUUGAUGUAGACGUGAGAGCAACCACAACCCAACACACAGCACUUCACUAUGCAGCCAAGGAAGGACACACAAGCACAGUUGAGACUCUCUUAUCCUUGGGUGCUGACAUCAACUCUAAAGAUGAACGAAAUCGAUCAGCCCUGCAUCUGGCCUGUGCGGGUCAGCACUUGGCUUGCGCCCAGUUUCUCCUGCGGUCCGGGCUGAAGGAUUCUGCAGACGUAACGGGCACCUUGGCUCAGCAGCUCACACCGAGAGCAGACAUCCUGCGAGGCUUUGACCCUGCGCCAUGACAGAAGGAAGGUCCUAUCCGAGACAAGAAAAUGCAUGGCCAUUUCUACUCUGCUGCUUUUCUUCAGUCAUUAAUGGAUGCGAUGGAAUUAGUCCUUAGCCAGUGUUUUCAUCCCCCCGCCCCCCCCCAAAACCUCGCCUGCACCUCCGCACACACCUCUCCCACGACAGACUCCCCCCCCCCCACCUCCCGUGACCCAGGAAUCUGGGUUCCUGCUGUGUUGUAGAAUCCCCAUCAUGGCCAUGGUCCUUCUGCAGUCCAAUUAGGAAGGGAAUCUCAGCUAUCCUUCCAGAAGUGUGUAACAUGCAUAAAUGUGUCAUCAUUUUCUCUGAAUCUCAAAGUGUAAUUACUCAUCCAAGUCAGUCUUUUAAAAGUGGAAUGCAUCGAUCCUAAGGAAGAUUUAAUAACCCUUUUGUUCAUCGUAAUCCACAACUACUUACUGCACGCUGACAUUAUUCUCAGCCUGUGCUGGCCUUGGAAAAUAGCAAGAUUUUCCACUUCCUCCUGAUUAUUCUCCCUUGGAGGCAGAUUGCUAUUCCCAACUCCCAAACGUGAAGGAUUGAGGUAGAAACUC